AUGAGGCACUGCCGGUCAUGGCGUGCAGCCCUGCUGCUUUCUGGGCUUCUCGUUGUAGUGCUCCAUUUCUUUACGUUGUACAGUGCAGCGGCGCAUACGCGAGAAUUGCAACUAUACUGCCUUCCUGCUGAGGCAGAAUCGCAUGGUGUCAUAAGCUGCGUCCUCCAGGGGCAGGAUGGAUACCAGGUGGCCACAGCAAACUUUGACCAUUCAGAUUUCAUCGCCUUAACGCGCACCUCAAAUGCUGCGGCGACUAUCACGAAGAGUGCAUUGGUGCGUGGCAGCGACAUCACGACCGCUGUCUUCACCAUGUCCGUCUCGACAGGGACCGACGUGCUGAUCUGGGUGUACUUGCAGGACACAAGCGGCACCACAGUCUCUGUGCCCUCAUGGCCCACCCUGCCCCUCGGCCCUAUCACCUGCAGUGCGCAAGCAGCAGGUCUUGCACUGCGGUGCUCCACCGUCGGCCGUGUCGCCCUCUACAGUGAGAAUAACACGCUCUCGACUGUAUACAGCGCCGGUGUGCUGUUCAGCGAGACAAGCGUGCUAGGCAGCUUUACAUUCACGUCCGGAGCGAAGGAGCUCGUGCUUCGCUUCACAGGGUCGCCGAAGACUCCCGCUCCUGUCUCCAUGCUUAUGCUGAAGGUGCACCUGCGCAGCCAGGACGCCAACGUCAGUGGUGGCGGGGUGCAAACAGUUCAGAUUCCUCUCUUAUACCCCGGCGAGGUCCCCUUGUCGGAAACGAUGGGAUUGCAAUGUACUGCGGAUAUGGGGCGCAUUACAUGCGCCAUCACGGAAUCUGAUACGCAGAGCCCUAGUGCCGUUAACGCCACGCACUUUCGCGUGCGCGUGGAGCAAUCCGUGGAGACCGUCGCUGGUGCUGCGGAUGCACUGAGUGGCCUCACCACCAACGACUCUGACGCCGCUGCCCGGUACUGGGUUGAUGUCACGAACACCGUUAGUCUCUCUGUCAUCCGCUCCGCACUGCACCCGUACGCUGGCAUCGUCUCUUGGGUACUGAAGUCGAAUGACGCCAUCUACGAGGCCAGGCUCCGUGUACUCUCCUCGAUGAAUGGGCAAGAAGUCCACACAGCCACUGGUCAAAGUGCUGCAACGGCUGGGAACGCAGCUGAUGUUGCGGGCAGUCCAUACGCCUUCAGAACGGUUAUGCUGCCCAACGCGCAGUCCGUGACGCUGCGCGGCUGCCGCAAGUCCGUCAUCGCCGCGGGCAACACUACACUGUGCUUUAUCGACCUGGCAAACGGCGUGUCAGGCGACACUGCCUUCUACCUCAUCACCACCUCACAACGGCAAUCCUCAGUCUCCAAUGUGACCUAUGUCACGUACGAUGCCGCCUGUAUGUGUCGAUCACUGUGGUUCACCUAUCACGCCCCGAUCGACCUCAUUAGCCGAGUGGACGACUACAUCAAGGUGUCCGUGUACACCGACGCCGAGCACUCGGCCAGCGGUAUGGUCAUUGCCAACAACGUGCCGCUCCGUCUCGACGUCUUGCCUGCGGAAGCCGACUCCGGUCACGACACCUCCGCAGCGCCGACGGACGCGAUUCUGAUGUCGGUUGGACUUCUCUUCUAUGGCGGCAUACUCGUUGUCGGCGGUGGGUUCAUUGUGCGCCGCUCUCGCAAGUCCGCCCGUAUCCGUCGUGAGCGCGCGCGGAAGGUGCAGGCAGCGAUGCAGGAGAUGGACAGACACCAGUGCGUACCCACCCCAAGCGCGGGUAACCUGGCCAACAACGCGAGUGCUCUGACCAGAACACCAGAGGUGAAGUCGACAGGAAUCCGCGCGGGUCCGGACGCUUCUGGGUACGACACGCCUAACCUGCUGGGUGUCGGUGCUAGAGGGGCGGGCAGCGAGGGAAGCAGCUCAAGGUUGUCUCCUUUGGAGCCGGCAGCUGUAGUGAGCAACGUGGCUGUUCCUCAAGAUCGCCUCCACUCCGAGAGCGACUAG